AGUUUCGCGCUUUGUUCAUUCAUUUUUAUCGUCAAAAUUACUUUUUGUUGUGCUAUCGUUUCGACCCUUUUUUAUCUUAUAUGAUUCUACAACUAUUCAUUACGCUAUCUUGUAAGUUUUAUUUAUUUCUGAAACAUCUGUUAUACAAAAAUAUGGUAGUAAUGAUGACCAGUUUAUGAGAUUCUUUCAAGAUUUUACAGGCAAACGUACGGGUCUUUGAACAUUCGGGAUUUUCAGUUUCAGGGUGCCUCAAGUUCCCGGACGUGGAUUUCACUGGAGCUCGAAAUUCGAAAAUUUGUAGAUAUUGUUUUGAUCCACCGGAAGUGAGAUACAAAAAGAAAUGGAAGUGAGUGAAACGAAUAGCCAUGAUGGACUGAAUGACGUUUCUUUGCAGCAAGAAACAGCCUGCACCGUAGAGUCAAAAGCUCUUGAAGAAAAUGGUGGCGAUCUUGCCUUCCCUUCCACGUUUUCUCCUGAAACUCAAGUUGGCUGUCAGCUGGCUGCAUUGGGUAAGAAUUUUAUGAUAAUUAUUCUUGGCUUAAAAAUAUAUAUACCUUGCUCCUUUGGAGCUAACUAAGAUUUUUAGUGGAUAUUUAAUGAAUUUAACCCGCAUUUUAUAAGGAGCUAUGUUGCUCAUGGUCCUUCUGUCGAGGACGAGUUUGUACGCGUUUCGCGCGAAAAUAUUAUGCUCAAGCUUAGAUUGUCCGCGAGUUAAUGCUGUUUUUACUCUCAUGUACAGCAUUUCGGUACAUAAGCUAGCCUAGAUUCAUUAUGGCCGGACUAAGUGAAUACUGAACAUGAAACAGAUGUUCAUUGAAGAGUCUUUCUUUAGUCGUGUGUGUUCGCGUGUGAAGCGAGGCUGAGCGGGUAGUGGUCAGUCAGGAUCAGAUGUCCAAGGUCCCAAGAGAUGGGUACUUGAACAUGUAGCAAUUUGCGAUGCUGCGGGAGUGAUAAAGUGUGAGAUAGAGGAUGCUUUCCCUUUACUAAGAAAUUUCAGUCAGGAUGUAAAUCCAAGGCAUUCCACUAGAAAUUCCCAGGAGUAAGAGGAACUUUGGGCAUUUGCCAUUAAUACAAAAACCUUUUGGGAACUUUGAUGGCGAGGUCUGUUGUGGUGAAGAAACGUUUUCAUUUGACGCAAGAUCCAUUUGCUCCCCUGUCUCACCAAAAUUCAAGAUGGGGAGACAGAUAUAGCUGUGAAUUGCCUGUAUCCAUAUUUUUCACCAGAGAAGUUUCCAACUGGAAUACAGGACUACCUUUUCAAAGUUCAACUUUAAAUUCCCAGAAAUAUUGUGUAGGAAUUUCCAUGCACAAAAUUGUGCGUAAUAAUCCAUAAAUGGAAAGCAUCCUUUGAAAGGAUAUUCUUGUUUUCCUGUUGUAAAAUUUUUCAGUGGAGAUUUUGGGUUUAGAUUUUUGAGUUUUCAUAUCAAAGGUUCGUCAGUUCUAUGCUAUUCAUGCCAAUUUAAUUUCCUUGUCUGAGAUUUGUGUUGGUAAACCAAAGUUUUUAGGAACAAUUUGUGUACAUAGUUUUCACAUUAAAUCUGUUCACUUAUUUGUUAAAACAUUAGCUGGAGUGAAGAGAAAGCAUGCUUAUCAAACAGAUGACCAAGACAACAAACAUAUUCAUCUUGAUCAAGAGGCAGCGGCUUCAGAUGGGUUUGCUGACUUGACAACUCUAGUCAACAUGUCUUCUGCAGUGUCGCUUGCUGUUUCUCAGGUGAGAAAUGUACCAGCCCUUCCAGUGUAAUGUCAAUGCCAUUAUAGAUAUUAUUAACUUGAAAUAAAUAAAAAUAUACUAAAUUCCUUGUUCUUUGUUGUGCCUACUUUAACUACAUUAGGAGGUGAAUUCACAGUCAUUUAGUAACACAGCCAUUGACAGUAGUGGCCAAAUUGCAGCACUCUCUCAAGAACCAACCAAUGGCAGUUUAAGUUUAUCAGAAGCAGUGGCAGCUCUCGCAACAGGACACCUGCAGUCUCAGGAGACCGCAAUCAUUCCAGCAUCCCAGCCUGUUGUUAUGAGUGACAAUAAUAACUCUGUUAAUCAGGCAUGGUUCACCACUAAAGAAGACAAAGACAACCUCCAUGGAAAAGGUAAUCUUAGUCCAAGUAAAAAAAACAAAAUUUAAUGUACAUGUAGGUUGCUAUGCGCCACCAGCCGGUGGGUAUUUUUUUCUGUCAUUUCUGAUUUUUUAUUAUUGCCAAUUGAUUGCUUUCUUUACAAAAAAAUAUUUAUUACACUGCCCAGCUCAGGGAUACAUGUAAGUUGAAGUUCUUCAGUCAAAUAUUAAUAAAAUAAUGAAACAUCAGGUAUUGAUUAUAUUAAUAAUUUUGUAAACACAAAUUUGGUUCAUUUGGAUACAUAUUUUAAACAAAAUGAUGCUUCAUACUAUAUAUCUCAAUAGGUAGGGUGCAUUGAAAAUUAAUGUCAAGAAAGGACUUAGAUAAACAAGAGAAAUGGCCCUAAAAAAUGAAACGGGCAGGGAAAAGAAUCAUUUGUUUCUUUUACUUGGCCUUAGUACUAGACAUGACAAGAGCAUAGUGUAGUUGCCUACUAAAACCUAAAGAACUCUUUUAUUUUGCAUGGCUUUUGUUGAUAGAAAGGAAAUUAUAAACCUUUCAAAAGAAACAAAAUCAUUUUUAAAUAAUCAUUAGGCUUUGAGUUAGCCGUAAUGAUAUUUUUCUGUUUGGGAUAUACCUUUUGUCUGCAAAGUAUGCGAAUUUCUGUAUAUCAAAACUUUUGUUUGGUGCGUUUUUUGAAGGAGUCAAGUGGAGGCAAGGAAUGUGGUCAAAAGAAGAAAAUGACCAAUUAAAAGAAAAUAUACUUGAAUAUUGUCAGGUACGUUAAAAUUAUCUAAGAUUGGUUUGUCUAAAAUUAAUCAAAACUUUAGAUUUUUGGUUUUUUUUAUGGUAAAUGACAAUAUUGCUCAAGGUUUUUAAAAUCAGGUUUCUCCAUGAUAUACAUGAAGCAUGCUCAAGAUUGUUGAUUGUAGUCUUCUGUUUAACAUGUUAAUGUCGCCGCUCCUGUGUUAACGUAAAUUGAUUAUGCAGUUCCUGUAAUAUAUUAAGGUAAAAUGCAAAGAAAGACAGCACUCUGUGUUCAAUGUAUGAGGCAUUGAACUCAUUCUUUUUUUUGUCUAUCUUUAUUUUUAGAUCAACAGCAUUCCAGAUCCUAAUAUCAUCAUAUUUGAGAUGACAAAAGAUGAUCGAAAAGACUUUUAUCGAACAAUAGGUUUCUAACUUUUUAUAAAAUUUACAUAUUUUUUUAUUAUGCCCUUUUGUGUAUUUGAAUAGUACACUGUAUAAUAAUUAUUUAUAUUAUAAUGCUGGAAUUAAGGAGAGAUUAGUUGUUCAUCACUUUUUGGUGCUAUAUUGCCAUUAUUUUUUUAUGUGAUAAGUGUCAUGAUAAUUUCUGAAUUUAUUCCGCUUUUCAGCCAAAGGUAUAAGGCGUCCUCUCUUUGCCAUCUAUCGUCGUGUGCUUCGCAUGUAUGAUAGAAAGAACUACGUGGGAAAAUAUUCGUCGGAAGAAGUGCAGCAGCUUAAAGCAUUAAAAGAGAAACAUGGAAAUGAUUGGGCUACCAUUGGUGCUGCGAUGGGUCGGAGUGCCUCAUCUGUGAAGGACAGAUUCCGACUGAUGAGAGACCAUUGCCGUUCUGGUUUGUCUUAAGCUUUCUCAGUCAUCAUAAAACCAACUUAUCAAAAUUCACCUUUUUACUACUUGUACUGAUAGAUUUUCAGUUCGCUAUGCCUUUGGUGUUAAUGCUGAGUGAGAAAUUAAGUGAUUUUAAUUUUUCUUCUUAAGGCAAAUGGACAGCUGAGGAAGAACAAAAACUGUCCAGUGCUGUUCAUGAUUUAAGCAGUACAAGAUCAGGUGACCUGAUCACAACAGGGAUAUCCUGGGCAGCUGUGGCUGAACAAGUUGGAAGUAGAUCAGAAAAACAGUGUCGAUCAAAAUGGUAAUGUUCCUCGAUCUCCUUUUCUAAAGAAUACAUGAAUUUGUGGAGGAAAGCAAAGAAUUGUUUCUAAUAAACGUAGGCAUGAAUUUUUAUUAUAAUAUUGCUGUAGAUCUACUUCAAGGAAAUGUCCACCAUUAUCCUGAAAAUCAAAGAUACAGUUGAAGCUGUAAAACCAGUUGCUUAAUUUUACAAUAUCUGUUGUCAUCAUCAUUUCUGUUGUUAGUUAAGUUAACUCCCAUUAUAUUCAUUAUCUGAAUUCCUCUUAUUUGCAAAAACUUAAAAUUUUGUGUCAUCCUGUAGGAAGCUCAAAAAUGUAAAUCACUUGAUAUAUCUCCAUACAGGUAUGAAAGCAAAUUAAUCAUAAUUUUUCCUCAGGUUAAACUACUUAAACUGGAAAGAGAAAGGUGGACAAGAAUGGACCAAGCAGGAUGAGAUUAAUCUUAUCACAAGGUGAAGAUUUGAUGCAGCUGUCUCUCUCUUGCCUUGUAUUAACAAUUUUGCCACAAAAUUACUGGAACUUCCUUUCUAACACAAGGUUUGUUUAGGGUGACACUCCUACAACAAGCCCCCUGUUGUCUUUAACAGAUUUUCUGUAUUGGCUUAACUGAACUUAGUUAUUGUAUCUUCGUUCAUGAGUAUUAGACUUGGUUACACAUCUGAUGGUUACUUUUAUGUAAUAUUCCAGCUGUUAUGAGUAGAACUGUGUAAUAAGUUUUGUAGAUUUUUAUGGUUAAAAAAGUCAGAUCUUUUGCUGAUCUAUUAAUAGUUUAAGUCAGCCUUGUUUUCUUUAACAUUCUUACUCAAGGAUUCAUGACUUGAAUCUCCAAGAUGAAAAUGACAUAGACUGGAAGGCCAUGGCAAGUGAUUGGCCCAGGUAAGUGAAAUGUUAGGGUAUCAGUACACAUGAGUGCCCCAAGGGUUUCAAGUGAAAUAGCUAGUAGCCUGAUGUUAUGAGGCCCUGCCAGGGUAAAUUCCGACAAGCCACAUGGCCCAAAAAGUAGCGACAGUGGGUAAAACGAAAUCACGACAAGAGACAACCUCCCUUGGCCAAAUUGCCACAGUGACAGCAAAGCUGACAAUAAGCGACAAGCAUUUAUAAACACCGACAUGAGACGUUUUAAAAUUCAGAUGGGCGACAUGGGACCCCCCUGGCUCCCCCCCUGGCUCUGUUAUGGCAACUGUUAUCAUAUAUGGCUUGACUGGCCAAAGAAUAAACAAUAAAGCUUAUGAGUUCAGAGGUACACACCCAACUUAAACUGGGCUAAGCAAGCAGUACUGAUGGCGCAUAGAAACCUACAUGUAUUUUUUAAUUUGGGCAACAAAGAAAUCUUAGGUCUUGCACAAAACUUUAAUACAGGGAACCCAGUAUUGAAAGGGUCAGACCUUUUGGGUAGCCCAUAUUGAUAAUCUCUCUUAGAGCACAGCCCUGCCCAAGAGGGAGGGAAUUCAGAUACUGCUCAGAAAAACUAUCCAGCCCCAAAGGCAUCCAAUAAAAUGUUUCGUUUUCCUUUAUUUUAGUGUGCGCUCUCCACAAUGGCUCAGAAGCAAGUGGUGGGCUUUGAAAAAACAUGUUCCUGAAAUAGAGGCAACAUCUUUUGAAGCCAUCUAUUCUUAUUUGUACGAGACCUAUACUGCAACACUGCAGAACAAAAUAGAUAGACAGGAGGCAAGGUUUAAAGGCAACCAUCUUCCUGGUGUGUCAGCUGUUAUACCAGCUGGAAGACCAGUUCAUAUAAAUCCAAUGUCAACAGGAGCUGUCACAAACUCAGGAAUUUGUCACACAAUAACAGGUACAUUAAUGCACUUGUGAUGAUGAAUAUUUUCGCCAGAUGCAAUCAUUCCCUUUAUCCUGAUUGCAGGUUAAGAAUUCUGUGUUCUCUCCUCUCAGCUUGGGAUCAUUCUAAUUACUAAUGACCAGGAGCAUUAUCUUUUAUACAUAAAUCCUGCUGUCUGUGUUUCACCAUUACACAAGCAAUAAACAAAUCACUAAAAUAAUAAUUGAUAAAGUAAUAAUCAGUAAUGUUGAAUAUUUAAUACUAAAAUGAUCUUGUCAUUGUUAUUUUAGUUAUCAGGAAAUAACAUUGAAAAAAUAUUAUAACAAGACUACUUUUGUUUCAUGUAACCAAAAUCAUAUAAUUUUGUUUCAUCAUUAAAUUUGAAAAUGGACCAUUUAUUUUGUAUUGCAGUCAGUAGUGAUGGUUCAGUUACAAGAGAUGAGACAUCUCCCCUCCCCACUGGUCACAGUAGAUUUGAAGUAGUACAAGUCAAUGCAAUACCGACACAAGAUAUAUUCAAUAGCCAGUCCAGUGUGCAGGGGGCUCCAUCAUACAUUAUCCAAGCUCCUGCAGGACAGACAUACAUCAUACAGCAACCUACAGGAAGUCUGGUAAGGCAGACACACAGUGCAGAGCUGGCUACAACAUCAGAGGGAAUCAGUGGUCAGCAUCAGCAGGUAAGGAUUGGUGCUUUUUAUCAAAGUAAGUUGAUUAAGAUUACCUGGUGGUUGAAGUCCUGAAUAAGACUGUUGUUCACAGUGAGUGAUGGUUGACAACCUGUUUGGUAGUAAUCUUCAGAGUUCCUUACUUCUACCCUUGAAAUGACUACCACACAGGUCAACAAAAAUCACCAGUCACUGUCAACAACAGUCCUAUUCAGGAUUACACCCACCUAGAUGAUUAUAUUCUACUUACUUAUAAUUAUGACAUGACUCCUUGAUUCAAACUAUUUACUAGCUGUGCUAUAUCACUGUUGGUUUGUUUGCCAGCAUUUUUUUCUUUUUCAUUCCAGUCAAUUCAUUUUGGGCUAUAUAUACAUGUUUGUUUUAUGAUCAAAGGAAAUGAAUUUAUUUUAUGAGUAUCUUGGAUUACUCACUGUGAAUGAAACCCUCCAGUGUUAUCACAUCCAGAAGCUUAAAUCAGGUUGUCAGUUAAUAUAGACACCAUAGUGUCUGUAUUAUCUGGGUGUCCAUAUUAAGUGGGCUCUCAGAAAAAUGUCGUGGACACAUAUUUUUUUCGAUAAUAAUAUGAAGACUAAAGUAGGCAUUUUUACAAGAGAACCUGGCUUAAUUUUUUAACUGUAACUUGACAAGUUCAUGAUGUUUUAGUAUUGUUCUUGAAACACAACAGUGCAAUCUGCGCAGGUGGACUGAAUAUUAGACAGAAAGCUCUGAGAAGUCAUUUGCUGUUUCUGUUAGGUUUUCACCAGGUGUCUGUAGAGCUUGGUUGCACUGUAUUGUAGUGUUUCAGUGGUUUUGUAGACACUUAAUAAGUUCAUGACACUCUCUCUUGACCCUGUUCUUCCAGGAGGUAGUCAUGACAACAGCAGUACUUCAGACACAUCACGCUGUACAAACUCUCCCUGAGGUUUCACCUGAAUUCACACAAGCUAUAGUACAGACAGACAUUUCUGGUCCCAUUACUGCAUCAGAUCUGACGCACACAGUCAUUGAUAAGACACAAACUGGUUUACCGCAAAAUGAAAUAGAACAGGAAGAUGAAGCAAGCAGUGUGGAGCAGACAGGUGUGGCAAACAGUACAUUAGACUGCAGCCAUGGAGGUCUGACUACUGAGCUUCAAGUGGAGAGAGUGGGUGACAAGGAGGUGCAGGCUGUAAAACAGACAGGUGCAGUUAUAGUUAUUGUUAAUUAUUAUUAUUUUUAUCAUUAUCUAUUAUUAAUUCUUAUUGGGUGGCACUGGUUACCAAUAUGUAUGGAAGGGUUACUAAUGAAGAAGUCAAAACCUCCUCUGUACUGAAAAAAAAAGCUGUUACUGCUUUGAACACAAAAUUAUUCAAUUCUUGAUAGAUUGAACUUUCUAUCUGCAAAACUGGGUGCUGAUGUAAUAAGCAAGUCUGGUUUCAUUCCUUUUUGGUCGGUCAAAACUUGGUAAGGUAAAGCAGAUCCAGUAGUGAUAUACCUCUGUUGUGUUUUCUUAACAUUCUGCGCAGGUUUAUUACCAGCGGCGGAUAUGGGGAUCUGGGGUGUGCUUUGAAACUUGAACUAGUCUGUACUGUAACUUUAGAAGAUAGAAUAUGAGGAUCUGCAGUCGAAAUAUUGUAUACCUCAGCCUUUUUCACGUUUUUUGAUCAGUCUUUCCAGAAGCGUUUUUGACUAUAAUUCUACUUUUAUCACAUUAGAAAAAAAAGGGGAAAAUCGAUAAACAAUAGUAGCUGUGAAACUCCGUGCAAGUCCGCGGCUCCAACUACCCCCUGCGGACAAUACAUAUAUCCAUGACUAGUAUAUUUUAGUGUGAGUAUUGUCAAUGUUUUACAUUCAAAAGAUGCGAUAAAUUCAAACUAAAAUCUACAAAUCUACUAAUCAUGGAGGUACGUAUAGUGCGCAUUAUUUUGGAAAAAUUAGCAUAACGUCAAAACAGUGGAUGUUGUAACGCAGAUUUUUGACCGGUUCGUAGGAUAGGUUUGUCUUGAAAUUUCAAGGUGUUGCAGGGAAUCAAUCUUAAUGAAAGUUUCAGACAUUUUUAUACACAUUAUAAAGAUUAUGUGAAGGGAUUUUAAAAAAAUUCGUUCGAGUCGUUUCGGAGAUAUACAAGAAAGCGCGAAAAGUCCAAAUUCUGAAUGAAGUUGCACUUAUACAGGUGGUGAGAAAACGGGUUAGUUUUCAAGAUCGCAAGAACGAAAGUACACCAAAAUUUCCUAGCAUCAAAAUAUGAUAUUAAGCAUCAUUCUCACGCUACUUAAUAAUAAUUUGAGUCCUUUAUAACGUGUUUAUUAAAUAAUCUAUCACGGCUAUUGAAAAUUUAAGGUUUGAAAUAUAUUUUCGUUUUAGUCGAAUUCAAACAUACAGAAUUUUUUACUUCUUACGGAGAUUGUUUGCUAAACACCAAACUUCAAGUUCCUAGUGUUGGAUUUUCAGUAGCAGGUCUAGAUCACACAAAAUUCGGCUUUUAUCAGUUUCAAAGUUUUUCGUUUAUUGUUGUCAUAGUAAUAUCGAUUUUACUUAAAACUACAUUUUCACAAAUUUCAAUGCAUAGCCAAUUACUGGUGAAAAUUUUAUAGCGAUUGGACAAGGAAAAAAACACUUUUUAGGCGAUUGAAAAAUGUCGGUAUGGCCUCUGAAAAACUGUAUCGAAACACCUUAAUUGCGUUGAAAACAACUUAAUAGUCGUGACAAAGUCAUAAAUUAUUAGAUGCCUUAAGCAUUUCCUAGUUUAAAGUAAUGCUAAAGCUUUUCAAUUAUGCUUUUUUUUUCUUUCUAGGUCCUGCAGCGAUCGCUCAAACCUUAGAUGGAAAGCAUCUCACAGAGACACCAGCUGUACACAUGCAUCAAGUCAGUUCACAAAACAGAGAAGUUGUUGUAAGCCCUGAUCCGUUAGAAGACGUUCACGUGACUGUAAUCUCCAACAUGGAAACGAGUCUGGCAGCUACGUUAUCGCCGUCCUCUGGAAUAAGUAUUUCACAGCAGCACGGAAUAUCUGCGGCCAAUAAUCCCAAUGAUUUGUCUGUAAGUGCGAUGGUUCCACAAGUAACAUUACCGGAUGAGAUUUUACAAUCGCAGUCAGAUGAGCGUGGGGAUCUGUCUCCCACUGAAACAACAAGUGUGAUGAUGGUGUCGGAAAAUCCAAUGACUGUGACAUCCACUCUUCCUUCGCAAAUCCUUCAGCCACAAACUGAAGAUAACACGAACUCGUCCCACCCCUCCUGUUCGGCAGGUAGCACUGUCUCUAGUAAUUUAAAUGCCAGUGUGGCUCUUGCUAAUAUCGUUGCUGACACAGGUGGGCUAGAGCAUUCUGACAAUUGGUUGGACUCUUGUCAAUGACGAUCGAUUGCCUUUUACCACCCCUCACCUAUCACCCUUCUUAUGUGACAAGCGUGGGGCUCAAAUGGAAGAGUACAUAAUUACAGCGUAGCUCCCCUCGCCUGUUACAUUACUUGUCAAUAACGGUUCAGGAGAACUUCAAAAUGUUGGAGAAGCCCAUAUGGGCACAUAGUACGAAGAGGCGGACGGCUAUCUUUGGUCGAGAUGCUGGGUAAUCAUUGAACGAAAGGAGACACUAUCUUGAAAAUUUAGUACCUAACUUUACGAGAUUGGUAUUUUGUCUUCGUCAAAAUAGUCCUAAAACGAAUUAGAGAGACUCGAGGAGAAGGCUGAAAGUCAGGAUAUUUGUCAUAUGAAAAUCAUGGAAAUCAGUAUUUUGCUAGCUUUCGAACUCAUUUUUGUUGAUGGCGAACUGGGGUUGGAGAGUAACUUUUGUUCCUUGGUCGCACGGGAACACUUCAUUGGCAGGUUACACACAAUUACUUGACCAACUGGUGGUCUGAAAAAUAUGACAUUAAAGAAUUGCGAGAUAGCGUUGCAAAAGAUCAAAUAAAGUGCCUUAUUGGUGGCGACAUAUUUUAGUUUUUGCAUUGCGAACUGAAAGGACAAAUUCUGCAUCGUGUACGCAGAUAUAUAAAAGUACGAAACGUUCCUGGUUAAUCGUCACACUUUAGAGAGGAUAUAACAUGACCUUGACUUUUAAAAACAAAACUGCUGAACGUGUUGCAAACUAAAAUAAGUUUGCUGUUUUCACCAGUGUCACCCAUUUAAUAGCUGUGAAGCUAAAUCCCUGGACACUUAAAUAAAGUUAUCGUCAUUAUAAACAUCCUCCUCGUCGUCUCGUUGUCGUUAUCAUCAUCAUUAGUACUAUUUUUUGUUAUUUUUAUCAUUUUUAGAUCUUAAUCAAACAGAGAUAACCUUG